UGCCCGACAUCCUCCGCUUGUGUGUGAGUUCUUUCGCGUAGGGGGCUCGGUGCGACGGAAGGUCGGGAACGGUCAUGUUCUAACAACGCGUCUGCUCUCGAUGUUGCUCCCUGGUGCCGCUCGAGCAGCUAUUCUGACGCCUCGCUUUUCCGGCGCAUUCGAACUUGAACUCCGUAACAGUCGACGAUUCGGACUCUCUUCAGCGCGUAUGCCGCGAUGGGCUCGACAACUACUCGGCCCACGCGAUCCCUCGCCGCCUCGCACCUUUGCCUCAACAGGUUACACAAUAAUACCGCCAUCUGAAAAGGUGGAUGAAGAGAAGCUGGAAUGGUACUCUCCCUCGUCGUUUUACCCUGUGCGCAUCGGAGAGGUCUUCCAAGACCGGUACCAGGUCGUCUCAAAGCUCGGUUACGGCUCCUCCGCUACCGUUUGGCUAUGUCGUGACCUCCGGCAGCACCUGUACGUAGCACUCAAAGUGUGCAUGACCAACUUUCCGAGCGUGGCUCGCGAGAAGGCAGCAUUUGCACGUCUAGAGCCGUUGAAAACGGUCAAAUUCGUGCAGAAGUCACUCGGCCACUUCACAGUCAAUGGUGCUUCCGGGAGCGUGCAUGAAUGUUUCGUGCUGGAAGCGCUAGAGUUCAAUAUCAACUUGUGCAGAGCGUUCCUCCCGGGCCAACUGUACGACUUAAUUCUUUGGCGCCAGGUCGCUCUAGAGGUGAUACAAGCCCUGGAUUUCCUUCACUCGAAGGCUAACAUCGUUCAUGGCGACCUUCGUCACGAGAAUAUCUUGAUGCGCGGCUUCAAUGACAAGAUCUUCCAAGGGAUGGAGUCAGUAGAGGCAGCACAACCGUCCGCCCGGAAGAUCGACGGAGACAGGGUGAUCCACGAGACUCCGGAUCGCGUUCCCUUCCCGAAGGAUUUCAAGUGCGCCGUCUUGUGCGACUACGGGGAAGCCCGCUGCAGUGAUGCUGCAGGCAAUGUAUCAUAUCUACAAGAUAUACAGCCAUUCCCGUACCGUGCUCCCGAGGUGGUCCUGGUUAUACCUUGGUCAUAUCCCGUCGACAUAUGGAAUGCUGGCGUGAUGCUCUGGCAUCUUUUCGAGAACAAGAGUCUCUUCAAUCCGUAUGAUCAGGAACGGGAGUCUAACGCAAUACAUCUCCUCGAGAUGAUGGAAGUCAUGGGCGACCCGUCGCCCAAAUUUGUCCGUCGAUCGUUGAGCACCGACCCCAAUAAUUCUUAUUUCGACGACAAUGGUCAGUGGAGGCUGCCGAGUCUCAGACGCAAGGAACAGAUGUCCUUGGAAUCGCAGGAGACUCGACUGGAAGGCAAGGAGAAAGCAGAGUUUCUGCGGUUCACGAGAAGGAUGUUGCAGUGGGAGCCGGAGAAGAGGGCGACGGCGGCGGAGCUUCUCAAAGACCGGUGGUUGCUCACUGGCAGCGUUGACUAGGACAAGGCGUUAUAUGUACGGCCUGAGCUAUGGGUGCCAGUGAUUGGUAACUACCCAGGCCCAUAAUACUUCGUCUCGACGAUUAUCGAUACGUAGAUGGCGGCUUCGCAGUAGGAGCUUAACACACACAAUACAAUGGAGUAUCAUCGAUA